AUGGACCAAAGAAACAGCACCCCGCGGCCGCGCCCGUCGCUCAAAUUCGCGAACCGAAGCUAUCAAGCGUCGCCUCUGAACCCGAACAAGCGACUGGGCACCCCCAAGACUGCUCCAUCGCAGAGGGUCCUCAAUCGCGACCCCGUGCCAUCGAGCAACCUCAACACAAGCACUAUUUCAACCGCAAGCAACCUCUUCCGUUCGUCUACCAUCAGCGCGAACUCGGCCACUACAUCCUUCGCCCCGAACCUGCCUACAAGCACCGCAAAGAAGGUCUUCGCGCCUGGCGCGACUCCGGCUUCUCAAAAAGUCUACCGAGAGACCAUCGCCCAGGCGACCCCUCGGGGCAUGGCAGCCAAGUCGACAUCGGCCGAGCUCUUUCAGAUGCGCAUUCCCUCCCCGCCUCCUGAGCUGUCCGGCGAAGCGCUCGCGCGAGAUAUCCCCCCUGAGCUCGAAGCCAAGGGCACAGUGUAUGCCGAUCAGUACCUCAGCCACCUAGUUCCGACCGAGUACGAUGACUUGCAACGUCGUCAGCUGUUUUGCGUUCUCGAUCUUCGCCGCCUGAAAUAUGCUGCCAACGAGAUAUUCAACAAGAAGGAUUGGAAGCUCAACAUCAUGAACUUUGCAAAGGAAUUCGAAAAGAGCAGGAGCUUGAUCAUGCUCAGAUAUGGCCUGUACGAGUUCAAGAACGUCAAGCCCUCAGAGGAAGUUUUGAAGAAGUGGAGGACCGCACAUGGACUACCUGAACCCGAGGAGGAUGCUGCGGAUGCUAGCCCUUCCAGGCAGACUACCCGUCCCAAGCGCAAGGCUGAAGACCAGCUAACCCCCAAGGACGCGGCCCUUUCGACCGCUUCGCCCAACAAGAACAACAAGAGGCGUGCUAUGGACAGAGAGGAGCCAGAGCUUGCGACGCCGGCAACGAUCAAGAGCACGAGAAAGGCAACCGUCGAGGACGAGUCGGAAGAGAGCCAGCCCAGCAAGUUGCAGAAGCCUACCUCGACGCCCUCGGCCACCAAGAGCAUGUUUGAAAAGAUUGCCAACAACCAAGGCCCCUCUUCGACGCCCAAGGCGACCCCCAAGGCUGCCGAGGCCAAGCCCAGCAGCCUCUUCGGAGGAGCAUCGAAGCCCGCAAACAACGAACCUCCACGCUCCGUUUUCGAGAAGCAGCUCAAGCCUGCCCAGGCAUCCAACAUCUUUGGUUACUUGUCCGAUGCCAGUUCUGCGAAGAACAGCGGUGUGGAGGCUGAUGCAGAGAGUGAGACUGACUCCGAUGACGAGGCGGAGCCCAGUGUUGCCGCUAGUGGUGGUGCCGAAACGCCGUUGGGCCAGCCGGCCUCCAGUCUCUUUGGUGCUCAGAAGCCUCUUUUCUCCGCUGGCCCCGCGACUGCUCCUACCAGCACUUUGUCGGAUGCCCGAGAGACUACUCCUUCGGGAACUAAGAGUCUGUUCGACCGUGUGACCAAGGGCAACAACGGGCAGCCUCUCCGCGCGGACUCGGCUGAGCCGGUGCCGGCUCCUGAGAAGACACCCUUCGCCCCGGUCAAGGAGACUGCUCCAGCCCCGGUUAACGCUACGUGGAACCCCAACUCGCCGAUCAAAUUCAAUACCAACCCUGCGCCUAGCAAUGGACUCUUUGGAGCGUCUACCAACGGAUCGAGCUCCAUUUUUGGUGCUAAGCCUGCCACUCCUGCUGCCCCUGCAUCCAAUUUGUUCGGCGCUCCGAAGCAAGAUGAGAAGCCCAAGGCCGGGAAGCGGUCUGCUUCCGAGGAUGAUAAAGGUUCGGAGUCAGACAAAGAGAACAGCUCCCAGCGUCCUGCCAAGUCACCAUUUGGCGGCUUCUCCGGAUUCCAGUCGAAGCCGUCCGAGGCGCCUAAAAAGGACGAAGCAGCUCCUAAGCCGGUGGCCGCACCAACUUUCGCGUUCGGUGCUCCCGCUCCCAAGGCGGACGAGGCCAAGCCCGCAGCUCAGGCCUCGAAUCUAUUUGGUUCUCAAGAUAAGCCUGCGGGCUCUGUCAUGCAAUCGUCGACGCUCUUCGGCGGCAGCAAGCCUCAGGAAACACCCGCCGCCGAACCGGCUAAGCCCCUAUUCGGCGCAAGCACAUCGGGCACUUCGAGUUCUUUCCAGUCGAACCCUCUCUUUGGUGCCCCCAAGCCACCCGCGUCGGUCACCUCCAACCUCUUUGGUGCUAAGUCCAGUGACGAAGGUUCCAAGGGCCCCCAGACGGCUCCCGCACCCGCCGCAGCUCCUGCUUUUAGCUUCGGCGCCAGCAAGGCGAACGAAUCCGCUGGCUCUCCCUUCGGUGGCAGCCCCAUGAAGCAGGAUGGCCCGCCAGCGAAGAGGCAAUUCAACGCCCCUAGUUCGUCCGCACCGGCAGCCCCGUCUGGUGGCAUGUUCAACUUUGGUGGCUCCCAAAGCGCAGCUCCCGCCAACCCCUUCGGCGGGGCUGCGCCUGCGCCUCAGACAAACGGUGGUUCCAGUGGUCCUCCAAGCUUCGGCUCUGGCGGCGGUUCUUCAUUCACCUUCAGCGCUGGUGGUGGCGGCCAGAGUUUCAACAACCCCUUCGCAUCUGCUAAUGGCAGCGGCUCUGGUGCUGCCCCCGUGACCUCGGCCGGUGGCAUGUUCAACUUCGGCGGCGGCGCAUCUUCCGCUCCCUCCAACGGCUCUACACCAUUCCAGUUUGGCGGUGGAUCGUCCGCACCCGCGCCUGCGGCGGCAAGCAGCACUCCCUUCCAAUUUGGAGGCGGCGCUCCCGCUCAGCCUGCUGCCUCGACUCCCACCUUCGCCUUUGGUGCCUCUAACGGAUCUGCCAAUGCCCAGGGGCCUGCGUCCCAAAAGCCAUUGUUCGGAGCGUCAGCCUCGGCACCAACGAGCAACCUCUUUGGUGCCAAGCCUGCCCAGCCUGCCUCCGGCGGCAUGUUCGGUAACCUGCAGCCCCCGGCGGGUGCCUCUACCACCGGCACAAACUCACCCUUCAACUUUGGCGGCGCCUCUAGCCUAGCUACGACUCCUGCCACAGGCACUCCCGAGCCAGCUGCGGAAGCCGACAAGACUGCUGCCGCUGGCGGUGAAGGCGACGAUGCCGACGGCAAGCCUCACGAGCAACUCAAGCUUACCGAGGGUGGUCCGGGCGAGGAAGACGAGGAAAUCCUCCAUGACGUCCGGGCGAAGAUUAUGAAGUUCAUUCCGGCCGGAUCCGAGGAAGACAAGGAUAGUGGCGAUGAUCAACCCAAGAACAAGAGCCCUUGGUCAACCAAGGGCGUCGGUCCCCUUCGUCUCCUGAAGCACAAGAACACUGGCGCCGUUCGCAUGCUGCUGCGGGCGGAACCCCGCGGUCACGUUGUGCUCAACCGCACCGUCCUACCCGCUGAGACUUACAAGGCGGACAAGAAGUACGUCAAGCUCACGACGUCGAACGAGACGGGCAGCGGCCUCGAGACUUGGAUGGUGCAAGUCAAGACGGAGGACUUCGCCAAGGCGCUCGCAAGCGCUUUGGAGACUCACAAGUCGGCCAACGCCAAAUGA